AUGCGUAAGGAUGCUCCGUCUGAAAGUGCCCGAGAAACUGGCGCUGACUGGAGUAGGUCCGAUGCAUAUGGCUGGCAUUUUCAGUUUCUGACCAUCAUUGGUCUGUCCUUGGCAACAGUAACAUUUGCCGCUGCGCUUCUCGCCGAUCUCACCCUCUCCCGACGGCUGUUUCUGUUUAAGAACCUCCUGUCGAUCGACGAGUCCUUGGUGGUCCCGGAAGAGGAAACGAUUCCGCUCCAUGCAGACAUUAACUUCCAUGCGAUCCCUGCGAUCGUCCUGUUGGUGGACUUGCUUUUUCUCUCUCCGCCUUGGACGAUCACGGCUCUUCCCGCCCUGGCUCUGUCCACCGUCUUCGCUUUUGGCUAUUGGUUCUGGAUUGAAAAAUGCUACGAGCAUAAUGGAUGGUAUCCCUAUCCGAUCUUCGAACUGCUCCCGACUCCCGGGCGCAUUGGUCUUUUUGCGCUGAGCGCUGUGAUCAUGACGCUGAACACGGUUACUCUGAAAUGGCUUUAUGGCCGUCUAAACGGGUUUGGCCGGGAAGCCGCUCCUCAGGCCCGUCCUGGCGAUAAUUCACGAAAGCUCAUGACCGCUAUGUUGGAUAGAGGGGGUAUUAUAGUCAUGUAUAGAGGCGUCAAGCUAGAUAUCCAAACGUAUAUUCAGUACAAUACAACCAGAAAAAUCGAAUUUAUGAAAAUAUAUACGCUAGUCAGAUCUAUUCGAAGAAUUCACGAUUUUUCUUACCAUUGCGAGGACCUGGUAUCAGCGGUUAGAUGUUUACGUAAUCAACCAACCGAGCUCCGUCCGGAUGGCGAUGACAUCUCUCCUCCGCAGCAAGCUCCGUCAAAAGCAAAUCUUCAUUUCCCCGAUCGCCAGCCACGUUUUAUUGCCCCAGCAGGACAACACUGUGACAAGCCGAUCCUGCGCAAAAUGCAUGCCUCCGUGGUGAACGUUCCUAUUCGGACGGCCGUGCUGGGCACGAGAUUUUCUUCCGCCGGUCUUGCUCCCUUCACGUAUGCGGGAACAGCUUCGACUCCAUUCAACCAGCAGCAGCAGACAACCAGGACCGUGGCAACGAAAUUUUUCCAGAAGCGAUCUGCCAGCUCGAUUGCUACCAAGAGCCAGAACCCUGCCGCGUCCUGCUGCACCCGGCUUUCCUGCCAGCGACCAACGCUGCUUCUGAAAUCCCCCUCGGCGCAAGCUCCCACCCUGGUCUCUGCGGUCCAGAAGAGCGUCUCCGGAAUUCGUGCAAAUUCGACUGCUUCCGCUGCGUCGACGAGCCGCGGUGCUAAUGCGUCCUCUAACAAUAAGGUCCAGCUCGACUGGAACACGUUUUUCAAACUCCGUACGUCGCGGCGACGAUACGGGCUUGUCUCGUCCAUUAUCACAUCGAUUGCCAGCACCGCAGUCGGCGUACAGAUUCUGUCCACGCAAGAUCUAGAGAGUCUCGGGGCCCAGGUGAUGGGACUGGAUCCGUUCGUCGUGCUGGGACUGGCGACGGCUGCUUGUGGUGCUGUCGGAUGGCUGGCCGGUCCGUUUCUGGGGAAUGCGAUCUGGGGGUUGAUCUACAGGCGAUAUCGGAGUGGAGUUGCGGUGCGGUUCCGCGUGGACCCGUCUUCCAACUCCAUUGCCAACCCGGUGCCGGAUUACUACGGUGAGAAGAUUGGCAGCGUGCAGGGCUAUCGGCAGUGGCUGAAGGACCAGCGGGCAUACAACCGGAAGAGGCGAAGCUUCAUUUUGUAG